AUGGAGUUGUUUGAUUACUCCCAAAGAGCACAGUGGCUUCGUGCCGCUGUUCUUGGAGCCAACGAUGGCUUAGUGUCGACUGCAUCAUUGAUGAUGGGAGUGGGAGCUGUAAAACAAGAUGUUAAGUUUAUGAUACUGACUGGUUUUGCCGGUUUAAUAGCUGGGGCGUGUAGUAUGGCUAUAGGAGAAUUUGUCUCAGUGUAUUCACAACUUGAUAUAGAGUUGGCGCAAAUAAAGCGAGAAAAUAUGGCGAGAAAAUAUGAGGAAACACAAAAUGAUGACGAGAAGGAAAAUUUGCCAAACCCAUUUCAAGCUGCUGGUGCAUCAGCAAUUGCAUUCUCCCUUGGAGCUAUGGUGCCGUUAUUAGCAGCGGCAUUUAUAAAAGAUCAUAAGGUGAGGUUGGGAGUGGUGACCGGAGCGACGAGUGUGGCGUUGUUGGUGUUUGGAGGGUUAGGGGCUAUUUUAGGGAAGGCACCUUUGUUGAAGUCUUCUCUUAGGGUUCUGAUCGGUGGAUGGAUCGCCAUGGCUGUAACAUAUGGAUUAACUAAGUUGAUUUGA